AAACAUAAUAACAAUGGUGAUGCAUUUAGUCAUGUGGAACAAGUCAAUAUGUAUGGCAAGUCUUUCAACUCCGACCUACCAACAACCAAAUGUGUGACUCGUGACUCGAUAAGAAGGUCUAAGGUCACAGCUGUCUCAAUAAACAGAGUGCCUGCAUCAAGAAGGAAAAGUGGUGAAACUGCUUCAGCUACAAACAGGAAGCAGGGGGUCAAAGGGCAUUUGAAAGCAGACGAUCUAGCAGCCACAGGGAAGAGUCUUCGUGUUCCUGUUUACCAGCCUAUUCAAGCAGCUGCAAGUUUGGGCAAAUCUGAUGUCUUUCGUAAACUGAUGUCAACUGAGCCUCGUCGCAGCCAGACAAAACCAAAUGAGCUUGAACUGCGCCCUCUUCAUUUCAAAUGUAGCUGUGGAAAUCUCAAGCAUAGCACACAUGGUGGUGUUAAACGGUCGUCGUCGGCCUCCCUGUCUUCCAGUGAUGGGAGCGAGAGUGAAGAUGAGGAGAGUGACGAUCAGGAUGGGAGAGGAUAUGACAUUACCAAUUUGAUCAAGCUCCUGAUAAUUCAUGAGACCAAGGGUGAGCAGCAGAGGUCUGGAACCAUUCUCAGAAACCUCGCAACAAGUGUGACCAUCGAUAAAGAUGUGACAGAAGUCCAACUGCAUCAGCUGCUUCGUCUGGUGACCAGCCGUGUUGUAUGCGUCAGAGAAGCAGCUUUGUUGACCCUUAAACAAGCAGGACAGGUGUCUCAACUGGCGAGUCUGCUGCUAGAGUCUGGUGCCUUAGGCAGGGUGCUGAUGCUGUUCCAUGGGGAAGGAGACGGCUCCGUCAUUGCAGCUGGAUGCCAGUUCCUGGAAGAGAUCACAAGCCAUAAUGAUUUGAAGGACCUUUGGCUGGAGGAGAUGAUUGUCACAGGUCUGACUGUCCUGAUUGGUCUGCUGUCAAGUGAGGGGCACAGCCCAGCAACAAUAUCUGUCCAAUCACAGCAGGCAGCUGCCUGUCUACUGAGCAGGCUAGCCAAUCACCUUCAGCUAGGUAUCAUGAUGUUGGAUCAUGGCAUGGAUGACAUUGAGGCGGCCUUCAGGAAGCAGGCAAGCCUCAGGGAACCCAUCACAGAGUUGUUGACUAACCUCAUCCGUCAUAAUGACCACACUGCAGGAGGAGUGCUCAACUACAAGUUCACAUCCCUAGUUGCAGUGGCACUGAGAGAUGGACCAUGCUGUGUUCAGUCCAAAGCUAUGGACUUCUGUCAAGAGCUGUGCGUGUACGAGGCUGGGACGCGAGCUCUGAUCAAAGAUACCAUGCUUCUAACGACCUGUCUUCAAGUCUUAAAAUCAACCAACUGCAGGGACGUUCGAAGACUAGGCACCUCCAUUUUGGAUGCGCUCCUCAGAGGGUCCAACACCAGGCAACUCCGGGCCUUCUUCCGUCAGGCAGAUAGAGCUUUCAAAGAGAGGACCCAAGUCCAUCUCGAUCCCACACGCCGACGAGCAAAGGAUGUCUGGAUACCUCUCACCAAGCAGGCUUUUGAGAUGGAGCAUGGUGAUGGGAAUCAGGGAGAACGAAAGAAGACGGAGGAGGAGGAAGAGGAGAAGAAGAUGAAGGCUGGAGUCAAGGAGAUUAUGGAUCUUGUGGUGCAUGUAAUUCUAGUUGAAGGUAAAAUUCAAACAGACGAGAAAGGCAAAGUGACAGAGGUGAGAUUCCGUCCAACACAGGAUGACGUCAACGGCCUUCAAGAAGCUGUUAACUGUCUAAAGACUAUAGCAAAUAUGUCUGAGGCAAUCAUGAAUCCCAACUCAGCGCAUCGUCUACUCCUCUCCUGUGGCUCUCUAUGUCUACUUGAUCUCCUCCACACCUUCUCAGCAGCUGCUUUUGGUGUCGCCAAGUGUGCCACUCCAGACACUGAAAAGCAGCAGCGAAACCCAGAGGCUCUGUAUCUGCAGGCUUCUAUGAAGCUCUGGCAGGGAUCAGCGAAAAGGAAAGGGUCCGUCGUAGAUGUCCAGGAGCUUUACGACAAAUCUAAGUUGAGUUUUGUCCAGUCAGUCCUGGAAGUUUUACUAGUUUUAGCAGAAGCGUCGUGCAAUAGAUGGAGUGAACGAAUCGUAGGACAGCUUGAAAAGCAAGUUCUUGAAUCUGGCAGAUGGCAAGAGGAUGAUCAUGACGAGGAUGAUUCCACUCAUACCACUAAACAGUACAAGUAUAUAGAGAGUGUAGGCCAAGCUUUCCAUGACAGCGGAAUCCCCAGUAGCAGAGGGGUCAAGGAGCGGAGGUCGAAGGUUAGAUUUGCAUGGGAUGAUAAUGAUGAACGCACCGUUGGGACUAGCGCUCGUCAACAUGGCCCAAAACCUCAUGAGUCCAAUUCAAACAAUAGCAAUAAUAAGAGAAGUAAGGAGAACAAAUGGGCAUCAUCGAUGAAAGGGAAUGGCUAUUGCCGUGAGGAUGGGUCUGGAGAUGACCUGGAAGUGACCCAGAGGAGGCAGAAGGGUCAGCUGAUGGUCAAGAAGGCAUUGGUCAGGGAAGGGGUCUGUGAGUCUGUUUCAUCAUGGAUGAUCUGUGGCCAGGAGAAGAUAGAGGAGCUUGCAUGUGAUGUGAUGCAGUGUAUCAUACAGCCAGAGGACCCAGAAGAGAUCCAUAGGUUUGCUGUAGAAGCAUCAAGACAACUCAAUCAUGCUCAGAAACACCAGGCAAGAGCCCAGGAGAUGGCCGACAAUCUCGCCCAGAGGGAUGCUCUCCUUUCAAAGAUCCUCUCUCAGAUGUCUAUGGAGACUGCUGACCUUGUGUCAGACAAUCUCCAGGUCAAGGGUCAGGGUGAGGUCAAGGGUCAAGGUGAAGUCAAGGGUCAUGGUGAGGUCAAGGGUCAAGGUGAAGUCAAGGGUCGAGGUGAGGUCAAGGAGGAUGAGAAAUACAAGAGUAGCAGGAAGAAACAAAAAGAUGAAGAUGCUGCUUCUGUCAGUAGUAACACAACCUCAACAACAGCAUCAAAACUACGCAAAAAGCAAACGGUGUCUGCUUAUAAACCAACUGUAAAAUCGAACAAACCACUGGCAUACCAGACUAGCCUUGCUGUUCUGGAUCUCAUUGGGAAGGGGCUGGUAAAGAGCCUAAUGGAAGAUAGACUUCAGUCUUCAUCACAUGGCAAGAGAAGGCAGUUAUUAGUGCUCUAUGAUCUGGUGGGGAAUGGAGAUGUUGUAAUCCAUAUGACGCUGGCAUCGUACGGUUUACUCUCCCACCUGAUGCAAUAUAUCCAGAGCAAUGUGCAAUACUUGGUCAAUGUCCUCAUCUGCCUAACGAUUCUACGCAAUAUGAUGGGAGACCAGCGAAUCAAGCAGCUCUUCCGCUCCGAGGGUGGUGAGAAGUUUCUUCAGCGAGUUGUCAUGGCAACAAAAGGAGCAGUCAAGCUUCAUGCAGAGCGACUUCUGUCCUACCUAUCCCAAGGCACAACUGGACUGGCCUGGACAUAAACAAACUGGAAUCUUUGUGAGAUGCUAACCAUAUGGGGAUAUGAAGAUGGUAAACGACUGAUAUAUUAACUCACUGACUACUGAAUUAUCUAAUUACCAUAGGUUUAAAGGUAAUACAAAGUUUUGGUAUGGGGUCAUGAAUUUGGUUCAAAUGUAUAUUGGAAGCAUUU